GGCGACCGCCCCUUCAAUCCCCCAUACGGCAAAUAUACUACGCCUGACCUGCAUCAACUCAUCCUUUUUGGAUUCGCGCUUCUUUUGAGGAAUGGUCGUGUCCUCCAGGCACAACCGCAGCACCAAACUCGUAUUAUCUGUCAUGUGCUCUGUCGAUAGGAAGCUUUCUCGAUCGACCUCAAGACCGAGGCUAUUCUCCCGAAUUUCACCAACCCACCUCCCGGCUCGCUUUCUGUUCGUAGAGGAUGAAUCCAGAGAGCACCUCGAAUAACUCGAGCUCUGCCGGUCCAGCGACGCCCACCAACAGCCGAAAGGAGCGGGGUGCUAUAGCUGCCCAGGCUUGCGAGUCUUGCAGACAACGUAAACAAAGAUGCAGUGAAGAGAGGCCGAAAUGCGCUACCUGUCAGCGAAUGAAUCUGGAAUGCAAAUACCGAGAACCUCAACCAACCAAGAAAGACAAGACUCUCGUUGAGAUAUUAGAGCGACUGAAGAGCCUUGAGGGAGGGUUGAGAAAUCUUGACGGGAAAGUCGAUAGCCUUAACGCUCGAGGUACACUCCCCCUAUCUAUUUAUGGCCCAAGCCAGUCCAACCCUCCCCCUGCGUCUCUAGAUCCCGGUCAACCCAGCCCGUGGCCUCCUACAAACGUUCACAUCCAGUCCGCAGCCAUUUCUACAGCCUCGCCUCGAGCUGUGCAAUAUGUCUCCGCCACUCAUAGGAUGUUAUCGUGGCCUUUCCUGCAGCAAGUCCUUGAGAGCAAGGUCCAGAGCCUGGAUUUAACGAGCCUGGAGAAAGAUGGAGCCGCCAUGUUAUUGGGUCUACAAGGUCGAAACGUGUCUCUACCAACUAACAUCUAUGGAUCACCCCAUCUUGGUGGCGAGGGAGCAUCCAUGUCGCUUCAAGUUCCUUCUGGAAGCCAGGUUGAAGGGCUGCAGACGGCUGGGCUGAGCAUAAACUGGGAAACAAUGCAAAGACUUACCAAAUCAUAUUUCGACACAUUUAACUUGAUAUAUCCGAUCAUGGACCGACAGGUCUUCUUAUCCGAAGCAUUACCCGCCAUUGCAAGUCGUGGCUUCGAUGAGAGUAGCUCUUCGACAUUGACCUGUCUGGUAUUCGCGCUUGGUGAAGUGGCCAUCAGCGCUGUGCAGGGCGCUCCGCUCGCGACACAUAAAGGGCGUCCUAGUGGUCUUAGGGGAGGAACAGCGGAUAGACCGCCAGGGUUGCUAUUUUUCAACGAGGCUAGAAAGCGAAUGGGUUUCAAUCUGACUGAAUGCAGUCUAGAAAAUGUGCAGAUUUUUGCAUUAGCGGCUAUAUAUUACGGCACAUGUUGUCACCACCUAGAAUUCUGGCGUAUGUCGACCUCGGCGUCCCUAGCAUGCCAGGCGUUGCUAACGAGCAAUCCGGAUGUAUUAACAACCCACCGAGGGGAUCUGGUUCGGAGGGCGUUUUGGCAUUGCUCUAUAAUGGAAACAUGCCUGAACAUGGAGCUGAAUAUUCCUCGGACCGGGUUAGACAAGCUAGAAUCAUUGGUAGGACUACCUGAUUUCAGCGGCUCAUUCUCCGAAGAAGAUUAUAUUGGGAACCAGGCUUCCCACUUUCAGGAACAUUUCGCUUCGCAAAUCGUCCUUCGGCGGUUAUCCGUAGAGUUCCACACUACGCUAACUAACGCUUUCGGCCCUACAAGUACACCCAACGAAGCGCCAAUACCCCCAACAACGGUAAUGAUGAAGCAGAUGGCUGAGCAGCUGGAUCAAUGGAGAGGACUGCUGCCAGUAUACUUGCGCUGGGAGGAAGAGAACCCAGGGGCAUUCUCAAACCCAGCUGAGGAGAUGUAUGGAGAGCAUUCGAUGUACCCGCCUCCCGUCCCCGAGCUUCAUACAAACUUUAUGUUUUCGGCAGACCUGGAUAUCCCUCCCGCGAGCUAUCCUUACGCGGUAGAUAUACAGACCGCUAGCCUUAGGACAAGAUAUUACUACGUUAAAUAUCUGAUCUAUAGGCCAUUUAUUUUCAAAGCCCUUCACCACCCUGAGCAGGUGACACGGGACGACGCCGAUGGUGUCGUGGAGUGUCUUAAAGCAAUGCUAAAGUGGCCCAUUACGAUGUCGCCAACCUGCUUCCAUAAGAGACUGGUCCCAUGUCUCUUCUUCUGGUCGCAGAAUCUCCUUGGCAUCCUUAUCAUCUUACACCUAACACAACAGGUGCCCAUCUUAAUACGAAUACGGGCGUCGUUGAUGGGGACUAAAUUCGACCAAGAUGCGAACGAGACGGCCGGACUUUGUAUUGACUGGAUACGGGACCUCAAAGAUACGGACGCGACUGCUCUAUGGUGCUGGGAGAUCCUAAAAGGCAUCUACCCUCUAGAGGACGAUACAUGAUAAUGGAGUUUCUUUCCCGCCCUCGAUACCCCCCCAUUUAAGUACCAUUCGUUUCUCUCCUUCUAUCAUAGGGUUGGAUUCACAUCAUGGACCAUGCGCGCGGGGUGGGGGGAUUUUUGAGCGAAGCAAGAGAACGGAAUUUCACUAUUGCUGCUACUACUAUUAUCAUGGGAAGGAAUUAUUUUUGUAGUCGUGUAUCAUCGAAAAAAAAAAAGAAUUACCGGCGCUAGGAGCUUUUUCUUUACGGGAUUCAAGAGAAAGUUCCCACAGAACAAGAUUAUUCGUGCGGGAGGGGGCAUGAUUUGUGAUAUCUCAGAUGCAUGGGCGGGCGAAGGAUCAAGGGCCGUCUUGUUCACCUUUUUUUCCUUCAUCCUCUUAAGCUUCUCUACCUCUCUACCAGGUAGGUAGGUUAGGUUACCCAUUUUUUGAAGCAUUUACAACAGUAUACUUAACAUAUCUAGC